GCAAUGGCAUUUCCAGAAUGUGUGGCGGGCCAGUAAACAAUUAGCUGCGGGCCGCAAAUGGCCCCCGGGACGCACUUUGGACACCCCUGCACUAAGUCAACGUUAUGGUGAGUUUUUUUUCUGUCUUAGCAUGACUAUAUUUAUCUGCCAUACGUGGAAGGCCGGUCCAUAAAUAUAAUGCCUAAACCGGUCCCUGGUGCAAAAAAGGUUAGGUUAUUUUAUUCAGCCAUAUUCAUAUUUCAGGUUAAAGGUAUAAGUGGAUAUUUUUGUGUUCCAGUAAAACAUUUGGGAUUUUUUUCAACUGGCUGAAUAUUUGAGGGAGGGGUAGGUGUCCCUGAGUGAGCAGAGAGAGAGAGAGAAAGGUGUGUUGCCCUCGCAUGAACUCUGUGAGGAAAAUUGGAGUCAUUUAAGUACCAAUCUCAUCACGCUAGUAUCGAUCCAAUACUCACUUUGUUAUUGAUAUGUCGACAUGCUCACUACUGACUCAAAUAGCAUGUGUUAAUGACUGCUUAGCCUGCAAGGCGGAGCUCAGGGUAAACAUGUCUGGUGAAGGGGGGGAGCUCAGCUGGGCUCAUCUGCUAAUUAAAAGAAAUGGUGGCCCCCAGGGAUGAGACGAAAGAAGUUGACAGAAACCUGAUGCUGCACAUCCGCCAUGACACCAGAAGAACAAGAAGCUGCCUGGAGACGUCGCCCGCAGGUGGCCGAAGACGUCAUGAGUCAGUGGCGGCGUUCCUUGGACCAGAUGGCGGCGGCGCGGCGGCGUCACCGCGGGGAGUGCGAGCGCGCUCAGGAUGCGCUGGUCAAGGCGACCUCCUGCUUCCAGCAACUGGUGGCGUCGCUGGGCAGCUCGGCCGACUGCAGCUUCCUGCGAGAGGAGCUGGGCGAGACGAGGUGUCUCACACACGGAAUGUGCAGAGGGCUUUCCCGACGUCUCACGGCGCUUCUUUCAGAAGAUGACUCUGCCCGCCCCGGGCCAGAGGACAGGCAGGCAUUGGAGCGGCUGUGGGUUCACUUCCUGUCCGCACUAGAGAACUUCCUGUCCGACCUACGCAAGGCCAGCUUCUUGAUUGGACACUUCCCGCUGACACAGCGCAACGACAGGCGCUCAUUGGUCAAAACAGGAUGUUUUGACGGCGUGGUGGGAGUGGCGGCCCGGGCGGCCUCCGUCCAGACCCCCUGGCCCAGCUUGGAGGAGGAGCCAAGUCCUGGUUUGGAUCAGCACAUUGACGGCUUGGAGGUGAUGCUGAGCGACAUGCAGCUGAAGGUGCCGGUGCUGUUCUGGUCCGUGGAGGCCACCCAGCCGGCGUGGGUGGAAGGUGGAGAGGAACCCGUUGAGCCCGACGACAGCUUGGAGGACCUGAUGAAGGUUGAGGUGGUCCCCAGCGACAAGAUGGCUGGCUGCUGUCAGCCGCCGUGCUUUGGACUUAGCUGUGUUGGCUAAGAGGCAUAAUAAUAUACAAAACCCAAAACCAGUGAAGUUGGCACAUAUUGUAAUUCAUAAAUUAAAACAGAAUACAAUGAUUUGCCAAUCCUUUUCAACUUAUAUUCAAUUGAAUAGACUGCAAGGACAAGAUAUUUAAUGUUCCAACUGAAAAACGACAUUUU